CAGAGAUCGGCGAUGUGUUCGGGUUGCGAAGUUGUCGCAGUUUGAUCAGCACCUCUGAAGAAGGAAGUGCAGCCAUGGCGCAGGGGCUCAAGGAACGCUUCGGCAAGUUCCUCCAUGAGAAGAACCUCAUGACGGACAGUCUCGCAAAGAUCGAGGCGAAGACCGGAGUGAGCAGGACGUACAUAGCUGUCGCUGUCAUCGGUGUCAUCGCAGUGUACUUGGUCGUUGGUUACGGAGCCUCCCUACUGUGUAACCUCAUCGGCUUCCUUUAUCCAGCCUACAUAUCGAUUAAGGCCAUUGAAAGUGCCACCAAGGACGAUGAUACUAAGUGGCUGACCUACUGGGUGGUGUAUGGACUCUUCAGUGUGGCUGAGUUUUUUGCUGAUAUCUUCCUUUCCUGGUUCCCAUUCUACUAUAUCGGAAAGUGUGCCUUCUUGGUGUGGUGCAUGGCUCCGACUUCCUCCAAUGGAUCAAUCCAGAUUUAUAACCGCAUCAUUCGACCAUUUUUCCUCAAGAAUGAAACCAGGAUUGAUGAUGCGGUGAAGACGCUCCAGGAUAAGGCGUCAGAAGCUGCUGAUAAGAUCAAAGAUGAGGCCAAGAGAGCCACAGCCAACAUCAUGUUUGAGGAGAAGAAGAGCUCUUAAGGAGGCGUCUUUCUGGAGCUCACUCGGUAAAGAGGAAAUGUUGCCUUCAAAAUGUUUGUCUUAAAGAGAAUCUGUUAAGUAUGUAAUCUUUAUCCAACCUGUAGUAGCUGUUACUCGUGUCACAUGCAUAAAAGGCGUUUUCACAGGUCAGUAUCUUACUUCAGAUGACUGUACGCUGGCCCUGAUGACCUUUAUGAACCAAAUAAAAACAACCCUCCUUAA